AUGCUGGCCGAGUUGGCGAGUGAAUUGCCCAUCGGAGAGGUGCUGCCUGCGUUGGUAGACAGCCUGGAGCAGGCACCAAAUCUGGUGCUGCGCGCUCCUCCCGGCACCGGCAAAACCACCGUCGUCCCAUUGGCGCCCCUACUUCACGGCUCCCCCUGGCUGGGCCCAAAGCAGCGCAUCCUGGUGCUGGAGCCGCGUCGGCUGGCGGCGCGCGCGGCGGCGGUGCGGUUGGCGGCCAAUCUGUGCGAGCGCGUAGGGGACGCCGUCGGAUACCGGACGCGGCUCGAGCGGCGCGUGGGCCCAAACGCGCGCGUCGAGGUCAUCACCACCGGCGUCCUGCUGCGCCGCCUGCAGCGGGACAGGGCGCUGAAGGGAGUUGCAGCGGUGAUACUGGACGAAUUUCAUGAACGCAGCGUGGAGGCUGACCUGGCACUGGCGCUCUGCUUGGACUGCCAGAAGAGGCUUCGGCCAGAUUUGAGGCUGGUAGUGAUGUCAGCGACGCUGGGCGAUGACCUGGCGGAGCGCCUUGUGCGCAUCAUGUCCAGCUCAGCGCGCACAACACAAUCGUCACAAAAUGGCUCGGGACCCACUGACAGCGAAGGAGCAGAAUCUGCAAGCGGCUCAGAGCAGUCCACAUCAGAUGCAGAUCCUGCGGGCGGCUGUCGGCUGCUGACCUGUGAGGGGCGCAUGUUCCCUGUCAGGACCAAAUACCUCGGGGCCCCCGGCAGGGAGCACAUGGAUCUGGAGAAGGCGGCGGCGGCUGCUGUGAUGACGGCGCUCAAAGAGUCGCCGUCAGGGGACGUGCUGGUCUUCCUCCCAGGCGCGGCCGAGAUCCGGCGGACGCAGCAGGCAUUGGUGGAGCGCGUUGCCAAAUCAGUGCGGGUCCUCCCCCUGUACAGCGCGCUGCCCCUUGCCCAACAGGACGCCGCCAUACGGUUGGACCCCGAAGGCGCCAGAAGGGUGGUGCUGGCGACGAGCAUAGCGGAGACCAGCCUGACGAUCGAGGGAGUGCGCGCCGUGGUAGACAGCGGCCUGGCUCGUGUGCCUGUUCAGGACAUUGCCUCCGGCCUAACCAGGCUCGCCACGGUGGCGGCCUCGCUUGCCUCCGCAGACCAGCGCCGCGGCCGUGCAGUAUUAGUAUUAGUAUUAGUAUUAGUAUUAGUAUUAGUAUUAGUAUUAGUAUUAGUAUUAGUAUUAGUAUUAGUAUUAGUAUUAGUAUUAGUAUUAGUAUUAGUAUUAGUACACGCUGUUCCUGCCAAGAGGCAAGGCCGGACCGGCCCGGGCGUCUGCUAUCGGCUGUGGUCGGAGGCCGCGCAUGCAAAGCUGGCGGAGGCAUCGCCGCCGGAGAUCCUAUCUGCUGACCUGGCGCCCUUAGCGCUCCAGCUGGCGUCCUGGCGGGAGGACCAGCCUGAUGGGGUGGUGCCUGAUUUGGAGUGGCUCGAUGCUCCACCGGCUGAGGGACUUGAGAGGGCGGUUGCCUUACUGCAAAGCCUGGGGGCAGUCGAUGCCAACGGCUGCAUCACUCCUGAGGGUCGGAGCAUGGCGGCGCUCGGGGAGCACCCGAGGCUGGCACGAAUGGUGCUGACAUCAGCACGGCUGCGAUGCGAGCCACUGGGAUGCAUGCUCGCAGCGCUGAUCAGCGAGGGAGACUUUCUGCGCGGACCCACUUUGGCUGCCACUGCCGACGUGUGGCCGCGUGUGCGCAUUCUCCUGGACCCGGCCGGCAGCCCUGCUCUACAGGCGGCCCUGGCCCCCAUCCUCAAAGCAGCUGAGCGGCUGCUGCAGGGACUGGCAAACGAGCGAGACACCCUUGCUGACACUCUACCAAAUCUCGAUCAGGCGGCCAGGCAGGAGGCGGAGGUUGGCACAUUUCGCGCCGUCAUCGAGUCACAGCUGUCCACUGCGCUGCCCGGCGUUUUGAUAGCCGUCGCGUACCCCGAGCGCAUCGCGCAGCGGCAGAGCCGCGGCAACAGGGACCGUCCAGGGUACAUGAUGGCGAACGGCGCGAGCGUGCGGCUGCCGGGAGCGGGGGAUCCCCUCGCCGGGGAGGACCUGCUGGCGGUGGCGGCAGCGGGGGGACUGCGCGGUGGCGGCCGCAGCGACAGCAUCUCGCUGGCUGCCCCGCUGGACGCCGCCGCGCUGGAGGAAGCGGCCCCGCAGCUUCUGCGCAGCCGCGCGCGCGUCUUCUGGGCGCCCGGCGCGAAAGCCGUCGCCGGCCGCCACCAGCGUUGCAUCGGGGAGAUCAUUCUGGAGGAAGAGCCCAUGGAGGUGUCAGACGAGCAGGCGUUGCCUGUUCUCAUAGAAGCACUGUGCGGCAGUGGCACCGGCCCCCUAGCUGCGCUGAAGCUGCCAGAUCAGGCGCUGACCUUCCGACAGCGGGGCAGCGGGCCAAAUUUGGAGCAGAAGCUGCAGGCAGCUGCCGCGCUGCCAGAUCUCUCGGACGCGGCGCUGGCAGCUGAUGUGGUGUCUUGGUUGCAGCCGCAUCUGACAGGCGUGCGCAGUCUCGCGCAGGCGCAGAGUCUGGACUGGGAAGGCAUCUUUAGGUCUCUGCUGGAUGAAGAGCAGCAGAGGAUUGUGGAUGAUCUUGCGCCAGCAGCCCUGCAGCUGCCGGACGGGUCUGCUGCUGCAAUAGACUACAGCCAUGAUCCACCCUCUGUGGCAAAGGCGCCAACAGCUGAAGAGUCAGACCCAAGAGUGGACCCAGAGUCCCUGGAGCGAGACAAUGACCAGGACAUUGAUUCUCUGGCAGAGAAGACCAGCUUUCUGCGUCAGGUGACCAACAACAUCAACUCCGAGGUCUCCUCCCAGAAUCGCACGCUGGACAAUCUGGGCAGCAGCAUGGGUGGCGUGCAAAUUGGCCUGGGAGCAGCAGCAACCAGGUUCAAGAGGGUGUUUGAUGAUCCCAAGAAGAAGCGCAACUUCUUCCUUGUAGUGGGCAUCACUGCAGCGCUGUUCUUCUUGUAUCUGUUGGUGCAGCAUGCGCGCAAGCCGUAAUUGCCUAAAUGUUGAGCAUUCACUGAGUUCUCAAAUGUAAAAUGUCAGGGUAUGUACUUUUCAAGAGAUUGGACAGCCCAUGUGACUUUGCAACUCUUGAAGCUUGGAGCUUCAUGCAGCAGCCUGAGCACGUUCUGCAGCACCAAAUCAGGCCACACCUAGUGACAAUGCUGCUGUGACAUGUGCAACACAAUGCGUGCAUGCAUGUCCUAUAUGUAUGUCCUCGAAAAGAUCAUAUUGUAUAUUAGCCAGGAGAGAUUCAUAUUGGCCAUGGCAAACUGAUGCUAUCUAUAUUGCCGCUAGCGUGUGUGGGCUUUACUUGAAAAGUGUAAUUUGCAAAACCAAGGUGCUAGGUGGUAGGUAUGCAUCGCCGCUGUUUGAGCCUCACUUGACUGCGUGUAUGCAAUGUAUUUUGUCGUGCUC